CUUUCUUCCAGUUCUUCGAGUAAAUUCAAGUUGGAUCGCUUGUUUUUAAAGCGGCUUUGGCGAUGCCUUAAAGUGAUGUUUCCGACAUGGCUAGCCACCAGCUCUCUUCUUUUUGUUGUUUUCCUUGGAGUUUCCUUGGCAGGUAAUAUAUUUAAGCCUCGCAAAAGGCAGGAUUGAGAUACCUGCGGCUGCAAUUGUAUCUUAAUCUAGUCUACACUUCAAAGAAGCCAAAUGCCCGAAAUGUAUUGCACUAAUAAUCAUUAAUAAUUUUAAUUGGCUUUCCUGGGGGUGACCCCGGCCGGGUACAUUUCCAGGGAUUUUCAAAAGACUACUAAUUCUCGGGGAUAAGGGCUACAAACAUCUGAAUAAACCUCCCUUCUCAGGGGCUGGGAGCUCAGAAUAUAUGUACAGAAGCUAUCGGUCAGGUCACAGGCGCAGUAGUGUGCCUAAUAGAGCAGGCAGUUGAGGAUGCCUUUAUUAUAGGGGGUGAAAGGCAAGUUUGUUGUUUAUUUCAUCUGCUGUGUGCAGUACACUGGCGAACAAAUGUAAAAAUACUAAGAAUUCUUGAGUAAUACUAAGAAUACUAAUACUGGAAUACUGGCUUUCAAUCCCACACUGUUUAGCCCAGGGAUUUUGCUGUUUGUAAACCAAAGACGUAUAAUGCCCCUAACACAUGGUGGGCCGUUUCCCAGAAAUGCAUAAUGAUCCACUCCUCCUCCCCAUGUCCCUGAGAGCUUGGCAGCCUGCCAUACUUGGAACAGCCUCCAGUCAAGGCUAAAAUUGCAGCUAGAGUCCUUUUCCUGCAAAUUUUUGUAAGGAAACCAGUUCCAGUUCAUUUCAGUAAAAAAAUCCUGGACAAAAUUCCUUGGGACAGUACUACAGUAUUGAUAUUUUUCUGUCAUUUCUCAGUUCCCUCUUAAAACAAUGCAUCCUUUUCAAAAUUUUCGUGCAGUUCUCCCUCCCCCCACCCUGUACAUGUACAAAGUUGAAACUCGGAAAAAAUUAUUGAUACAUGCUUCUCAAACUAAUUAAUUAUUCAUGACGGCAAUGGCCAAUAACUGCGGCAUAUUUGCGUCACAUGCAUGAACCUUGAUACUCAAUGAACACUCAGAUGAAAAUCUUAUAGAUUUUGAUCUGAGAUCAAAUAUGGUUUUGAGGGAAUAGCUUUUUUGACUAACUCGCGUUCUCCGUAAACUGUUUUUGGCUCCCUAAAUCUUGCCUCUCCAUCUUCACUCAUGGUCAGACACCAACUACAGUAAACACCUACAUUAUAAGAACAAAUGGAUUAAGAAGACCAGGCUGAAAUUUGGCCAAUAAAGCCCCAUUUUUAUAAGAACAAGAUCAGCCUGAAAAUUGUAACAUGUUCUUAUAAAAUGGAAAAAGUCUCAUAAUUAAUGUUUAUUCAUCAGGCUGAUUUUAUUGAUUGUGUUCAUUUGUUAAUAUAAUUAAAUUACAGAAUAAUUAUUUAUUUUAUUUUUCUAAAAUAUGCUAAAUAUACCUCUAGCAACAUGUUUUGGAUAGUAUUACUAAAUAAAAAUUUAAGAACAUUUUAAGAACAUUUUGAGGCUGAUUUGUCAUUAAGCACCGAUAAAUAAGAACUCAAUCAGCCUGACCUCCGAAAUUGUGUGUUCUUAUAUGCGGGUGUUUACUGUACACCAAGACAAUUAAUCAUGCAUGUUGACGCAAUGUUUCAAAUUAGUGUUCUUUCAUUUGGGGAGGACAAUAGCAAAAAAAUGUAUCACUGCAUAUUUUUUUGUUUUGUUUGGGAAAGAAACAAUACUUUAAAAGCACCAGGCCGCUUUCAUCUGUUUCGUGGUGUUUGGAACCCCUGAUGAAACCCGAAGCAUGAGUUUUUGAUAUAUUACAUCCAAUGUUGUUUGUGGGGUGAGGGGAGGGGUUGGACUUGUGUGAAUUGGAAAACACCCCAGAAAUGCAAAAGUGUCCCAAGUCUUUUGCCCAUUAUUGUCUGAAAAUGAGGUGGGAGGAAAAAAGUCAAUUUUGAGUGGUUUUCAAGCCUGUAAAAGUGUUUUUUCGGGCUUUGAUGAAAGAUUGUACACUGUAGUUGAACAAACCUUUUCCCAGCUUUCCAGAGUUUUCUGAACGUAUUUGAAGAAUUUGAUUGAAACGAAUGAUAUACACCAGAAAUUGUGGUAUCUCAUAGCGUGUGCUUUAUUCCAAAGGAUAACAUAACUUAAAACAAGACUCUCCGAAAACAGUUAAGGGAAGCCACGAGUUACUAAUGUUAUGGUGUACACAGUAAGAAUUUUGGCAGACCAUUAAAGAGCUAGAGUCGUGGAUAUAUGACAAAGCACAAGGUUCUUUUAAUACCUGGUAUAGAAGUUACUCAGAGAUGUCAACAUUACAGUCAUGAGUACUCAAUGUGUGCACCGCGAAUGUCAAAAAAUCCAGUAGGCAUGGAAGAGAAAAUAACAACGUUUUCCAAAAGAUCCACAGACAGAACGGCCAUGAAAAAAUAUCAAGUGAUGUGGAUAGCCAUCCCUGUCAUUUGUACAGCCAAAAAUAUGACAGGAGCAAAUGCAAUUGUGACGUAAGAAAAAAGCGGUUGUUUCAUAAUAUCCAUGCCAGACUCAUGCCAAAACUAAACAGUUUUUUGCUGACUUCACGAGAAUUGUACCAGAUCAUUUUGUGGUUGAACGUGUUGCUAAUAUUUAUAUGUGUUUAUUUGCUAUAUUUGUUAUAUUUGUCACGAACUAAGUAAACAACCAAGUUAGUUUACUUUGAACUGAUUUACAUAGCACGACAGCACUCACCGACAGUUCUCACUCCAAAACCUUAAUAAUAUGUGCUUUUUCUAUAGAAUCUUAACAUCUCAGGGAUAAUGAGAGAAAAUUUAUCCGUAGAUACAUCUUUUGAUGGUUUUAUGUACAGCAAAAAUGCAAUUUUCAGCUCUUUAGUCACAGUACUCACUUUGAAAUGGAGAGAAAGAGGAACAAGAUAAUUUUUCCUUACUGAAUCAAGUGAGUACUGUUGUAUUCACUUCACAGGAUGGCCUUUUUGACGCGCACUAUUUCAAAUGCAAUUAUCAAUUUGUGGUUGAAAUAUACCUUAGCCAUGUUUCUUUAGUUAAUUUGUAGUGAAUAUUGAUAACACACUGUGUUUUUGUGACCAAGUAUGGUAUGUGAUACUCAAAACAUCGUGCCAGACCAACUUCUGCUGUACUUGGCUCCAGUUUAGGGGAAUGGGCCCAGUACUAUGGCUAAUGAGGGAAUUGCCUUGUAAAAAUGUUGAGAAAAUAGUUUCAAAGGUCAUUAUUAUUGCAUGUGAUCACCAACUUGUCUCCAAAAUGCCUAAAAAGCGUAGGAAAAAUGACUUUUUCCCCCAAAACCAGAAUUCAGACAAUCCUGGACAAAAAUCGUUGGGACAUAAUAUUUAUAUUUUUCUGUUAUUUCUCGGUUCCCUCUUUAACAUUGCAUCCUUCCCGAAAUUUUCUUGCAGUUCUCCCUCCCCCCACCCUAUACAAAGUUGAAACUCGGAAAAAAUUCUGGAUACACGCGUCCCACAUUGUUUGUGGGGUGAAGGGAGGGGUAUUGGACUUGUGUGAAUUGGAAAACAAUUCACCAAAUGCAAAAGUGUCCCAAGACUUUUGUCCAUGAUUGUAGUAGGUCUCUAUUAUUUGCCCACGUUGGGUACACGGGUGUGUUAGAGUGUUUUUGAUUACUGUAAAAGUUUGUACAUGUACACACAUGUACAUGAAGUUGUCUAUCUGAGAAAACUGGCAGACAACAGCAAAUCAGUACAGCUGUGUAUGGAAUUAAUUUUCAGCGCUAAAAAAACUCAUAAUAUUAAUGGUUCCAAUUUCAUACCUACUUUUACACAAUAAUUUCAUACAUACUUUUACACAAUAGCCCUGUCUACAAGACGCCUGGCUCCGCUCAGUAAAAUAUCGGGAUAUAGGGGCCCCUUUCCUGAGUUUUUACUGAGGGGAGCCUUGGGGCAUCUCUACAGAGGCUUUUACGCAAACGUUUUCAUCACGACUGGUUUCUUUUCUCUUUUGGCUUAAAAUUGUUGUUUUUUUAGGUGUGGAAGAUCCUUUUUUAAAAGUUUGUCAGUCUUUUGCUGCAAUGUUCUGUCACACUGGGCCCAGCUUCUUAGCAGUUUUUGCAGAUAGUGAUUUUCACGUUUAGUGAUUUACAGAUCCAUAUUUCGAAGAAUUGAUUGCAGCUUAAACUGGAGCUAACUGAAUUAUGGCCAAUUGCACUGUAACUCAGUCAAGAAUGCUCUUUAAGCAAUGAUUUUUAAAGAUAAUGUGACUCUUUGGGUUGGAUUGUGUCAUUCGUCCUUUGGUAAUUACUUUUGAAUUAGCUUAACAGUCUUGUGGCUGCCAGUUUGAUUGGCAUGGUAAAUUAAGGCGCGCUGUGCCAGAGGAAUUUUCUUGUGGCUUCCCUGCUUGUGUCUUCAGCCUUCAGCUGAAAAUGUGUCGGCCUGUAGCCGACAAAGCUCCUCGUUGCACGUGAGAAAAAACCUCUGGUACCCAGGGUAUAGUCUUUUGGGUAACAGUUACAAAUGUGCCCAUGACAUGCAUAAUUUAUGUUUUCAUUUUUAGAACAGUUGUUUGUGUACAACACUGGACUGAUUCCAAGUCAAUUUUAUGAAGUGCUUGGAAGCAGAGAUAGAACUGGAUUUAAACAUCUUUUGGUUUCUGCAUCUCUUCUCAUUCUCGGCACUGCUUUGGUGAGUAAGAAAAGGGAUAUUUGUAGAAAUGAUAGAAAUGUGGUGCUGAAUUUAAAGCCUAGAGAAUGCAUGUGAAAGAUGUUUUUUCAGUCAGCAGUGUGGGAAGAAAGUGAUGUCUGAUAGCCUUGGGAUAGUGUAUUUUGCUAUUAGGCUAAACAAUUCUGUUCUUAACUUCCCCGAAGGCCUAAUGAAGGUUUUUUGGGGAAGUCAAAUUACACAAGAACUGCAGCCAAUGCUUAUUAAAUUUUCUGUUUUUGGGCCAGUUGAAAAUACUCUUGGGCUAGUAAACAUGCUACCCAAACAUUGGCAAACUGUAAAAAACUAAAUUUCAUUUGUCAGUGAUGUAGGCAGCUCAAAAGAAAAAAACUGGGUAUACUUCCGAUAUAGGAGUCAAACCUAUGACCUUCUGGUUACCAGUGUUCAGCUCAGUAGGUAAGGGACCUGCAAGAUGGCCAGUAAGGCAAAAAAUGUGCACCAUAGGUGCACUUUCCUGCAGAGGAUGGGGGGCAAGUGGAGUGAGGGACAUGGCCCUGCCCUUGCUGAGAAAUUUAGGAGCUAAGCUCUCUGAAAUGUCAUUCCCUCAUUUUAAGACCUAUUUUAAUGCAAAUACAAUGUAGCGCGUUGUUAUGUUUUUUGAUUUCAAUAAAUUUACUCCCAUCUUUUAACAAUGUUCUCUUUCUACAAAUGUGUGUCCCAUAAAAAGAAAAUUAGUAUGUUUCCAUAUGUAGAUUGUAUUUAGUCAUUUUCCUUGUGAGAAUUAAAAUUAAUUGGAUCACAACUUCCUUUUUUUAAAACCUACUUUUCAAAUUUUAGUAAACCUUCAAGUGGUUGCAGGGGGUAAGUGUUGCUUCAGGUGGUAAAUUUUACUGGUUACUGCCUGAUAAGGAGAACACUGGGUUACUAGUCCAGAUACUCUACCACUAAGCUACAGGAGACUCCUGGGAGCUAUAGGACAAACCUCCUGCAUUCUGCUAGGAUUGGAAUGUCAGUAUUUAUUUGCUUAUGCGCAAUGAUGGGAAUGCGAUGGUGAAUUUUAAGCCUGAUGAAUACUUGUUUGAGAAAGUCAGUGAGUGACAUAGGCAGCUCGGAAGAGAAAAAUCAACGUACUCCCAAUAGGAGUCAGACCUAUGACCUUGUGGUUACUAGGGAGCUUCAGCAUUGACAACGGCUACUUAAGCAAAAACUUCACAUUUAAAAUGAAUUUGUGUUUUUUCAAACUUUGUCACGGUUAUUCCAAAUUGUUGAAAAUGUAAAGUAGGCACAUGUCCCUGAGUUGAUUUCUUGGGGACCGCACUCAAGUUUAGGAAGAGAAAGAAAACUUCGUAGUCUCUUGUUUACAGCCUCCAUAAAACGUGGAUUUAGACAUGUUCACGUCUUAGUCGUGCAAUGAGGGCAAAGAAAUGUACAAAAAAGCAUGACGCAUGUGGAAAAUUGUUUUUUUCCUCAAUAAAACUAUUGUUUUUUGGAUGUUCUCGUUGCUGUCGCUGUCGUCUUUGCUAAAGCUCCCUAUUAGUCCGGAUGAUAACCUUUACACUGUAGCUUAUAGAUAGUGCCUUUGGACUAGUAGCCAGAAGGUCAUAUACUAGUUUAGACUCAAUGCUUUUUAGGGGUAUUCAUGCAGAUUUUUUCUCUCAAGCUGCCUGCUAUCAUCUGAAAAAUAUUUUUCUCAAGAAGUAAAAUUGUAGGUUUGGCAAGAUUAUUGUAUUACUUCAGGAAUGCAUCCUUUGAUUUCGGGUUUACUGCUUUAAUUAUUUUUACAAAUAUUAAGAUGCGUUUUUUAUUAACUUUAAGGCCAGUCCCCAAAAUUAAUGUUAUGUACAUGUAUGUGUUGAACAGUUAUUUUAUAAUUGCAAAAUAUUUCUUAUAGGGAAAGAGUGCUGUGAAAUAUGUCGCUAGGACCCUCUAUGUCAAGUGGCGAGAAUUGUUGACUGUGCGUCUACACUCUAGUUAUUUUAGAAAUUCUGCUUAUUACAAGCUGAAUGUUCUUCAAGACAGGCUGGAUAACAUGUGAGUGUGAUUAAUGUAAAUGUAAGGGAAACUUAAUAAGUUGAUUUUAUCACUCGGGUACAAGCCAGCAGGGAUUGGGAAGGCAAAAUAAACAAAUGGGCCCACGGCCCCUGAGUUUCAAAAGUCGUGGGCCAUUUCGUAAAAGUAUGGGCCAUUGAAGUCAUGGGGUGGGCCGGAUGAUAGGGAAUAAAGAAGUGAUAGGUACAAUUCGUGGUGGCAGUACAGUAUACUUUGGUUUGAGUACCUACUUUUUACAUUUCAUUCCAGUUAGUAUUUCUCAGUUACAGUAAAUUGUGCAUGAUAUGUAACCCUGGCCACUGUAACUGUCACAGUCCCAUGGCUUAAAAAACAUUAUGUUACUGUAAAAGUCAACUCAAGAACUGAAUAGUGGUAACAACUGUUAACAAAUGUGGGAAAAACUGUUUACGAUGAACUUUUAGUAAGCAAGAUUGACUUAUUUCAGUGCCGUUCACAAAAAAAUUAAUAUAACUUUGAUGGGUCAUUCCACGAUCAUGGACAUUACAUUUGCAUGAGUGUGGUUAGAGAAAAAUCAUUAGAGCAGAUACAUAGUAACAAACAACCAUUCCCUUUCACUUUGUUUAUGACAGAUAGAUGCUAGUUGCAUGUUAACCCUUUAAGCCCCAAUAUACACAUACAAAUUCUCCAAACUGAUCUCUAUACAUUUCCUUAAAGAAUGAGUUGAGUGAAUUUGACAAAAAAUCAAAGCAUUUCUCUUAGGUGAUCAUUUUAUUAAUUCUCAUAACCUAGUCUCUUGACAAUGUAUGGAUAUUAUUGGGAGAAAAUUGAUGUUGGUCACUAUUGGGACUUAAAGGGUUAAGUGAAAACCUCAUCAAAUUUGCUAUUAUGCAAAAAUAUAUAUUUAAAUAAUUUUAGCUGUCAUGGAUGUUACAACCAAUUAGAAACCACGUUCUUAAGUGCAAAUGUUAAACAUUAAAUUCCUGUGAAUUCUGCAAGCAAAAACUAAAAACAAAUUAAUGAUAUCGUGUUUUAGGUAAAUAGUGAUACUACAAUAACAAAGCGAUAAAUAUUUCUUUUGUAAUGUGUGCCUUCUUUGCUUGGUGACAAAACACUGUCAUGGACGUUACAGUGUGUAAAAAAGAUAAAGAAAUCAGUGAUGUCAAAAAUGUAAAUUCCCUGUACCUUCUUUCUUUCCCACAAACAUUAGAAAACUGGCCAUUAGUUUUGAAAUAGGCUUUAUCUUUCCUUUAAAUUUUCAGCUUUUUGAGGAAAAAACGUAAGUCACCAAGUAAAUGUUUGUGACUCAUCUUCAAACUGAUUUUCAUGUAUUUUUUUUGUUCCAUGAUUUAAAAUUUCAAAGAAGCUGCUUGUAGAAAAGGUGUUUUUUAAAGAAAAGCCUGGUUUCAAACUCUUUCUAAGCAUUGCGAUGAAAAAUGGAUACGUUUGAUACUUGGUCUAUUAAUUAGAGUAUCUUUCAGUUCCACAUUAUUCUCAACUUUUAGAGACUGUAAGCAAUUUAAAAGUUUCAGCUAUAUUGACGAUAUGAUAUGUUUACUUUAAAAGAUGAAGUAACUUCCACUUGACAUUUUUGUUGACUAUUUUAAUUAUUAAUAACGUUGUCCUCAUAAUACUUCGCUAUUGUCUUCAAUAAGAUUCUAAGUGCUCUCUUUAACUCCAUAAUAAUAUUCAGCAAUGCUGAAUAUACCUUAUUGUUGUUGCAUACAGCUGUAACAAAUUAGUAUUAGAAUCAGGCUUUUUAGGCAAUUAUUAGUGAGCUUCCUGCAUUUAUUGUUGUCAUGAUGUAACGUCCUUGAAAGUAACAUGCAUGAAGUUUGAGAAAUUUAACAUCAAAUUUUUUUGUGUCCUUUUGGGACUGGUUGGUUUUGUUUUUCUAGCCGUAUUGGGGUUAUCAUUUUUGAUUGGAAUCGGCUUUAAAAAAACUUGAAAGUUUUCUUUGCCCUUGACCAUCUAAUUUUGGAACUUUCUUUGGAGGCAGUGAAUGGUAAAUUUUAUGGUAAAUUAUUCCAAAAUUUUCAGGCUCGUAUAGCCCUUCAAUAAUGCUAGGGCACUUCCGAGUUCCAAAAACCCUCACUUUUAAAAUGAGUCCAAGUGCACGUCCUUUCUUGUGAAAAUGAGUUUUAUUUGCAUGAGAAUGAAAAAUCUUUUCCAUAUCAAAGGCUGAGCAUGCACUUAGCCUUGUUUUUUUGGCUUGGGGGAACUCGGAAAUGGCCUAUUUUAUCACUCUUUAGCUUCUACGUGUCUGUUUUAUUAGCCUGCAGUUCAGACAUUUUCUGCGGGUGUGCGAAUGUUUUUCCUCGUGAAAGCACCAUGUUGAAACUCCAAAAGAGGGGCAAGUCAAAGGGAGGGGGGAGGGGGUGUUGAGAGGGAAGAGAAAAUGCCUGCCUGUUUUUUUUUCUCCCCUCCCCCUUUCCCCUUUCCUUCUUUCUCCCUAGCACCUACACCCCUGUACCUUAAAGGCUGCUAUUUCUACUCUCCCCAAUGUUCCUCUGUCAUUAAAUCGAAGAUGGCAGCUAAAACAAUACGAACACAAACAAGCUUUCGCCCGCCCAAAAUACACCUGCAGUGCAGGCUACUGUUUUACGGACUGUUUAAAUCUGUGCUACAGAGGUGUUGACUGAACUUGGGCAUCUUUCCUAAUUUUCACUUUCCCUCACAGUGACUUCUUCUUAAUGUUGGCAUUGCAACCAUCAUGGAAAAUUGCUCUCCUGUAUAAACUGAUUAUAAAUUAUUAUUGUUGUUAUAAACAUAUCUGUAGUAAAUAUUUUAAUAAUUAUUUUGCCUGCAACAUUUUCCUGGUCACUAACUGCUUUCUCCAUUAUUAUAAUUUUUUUUUUUACUUUUAGCGAUCAGAGAAUCACACAGGAUGUUCAGAAAUUUUGUGACACUUUCCGGAAAUGUAGCAUUGUUUUUAUCAUUUCUCCAUUCACCGUUGGAUAUUAUACCUACCAGUGCUAUAAAAGGUGACUUGCCUAUUUCUUUUUUCUUUAUUGUUAUAAUCUAAAACCUACCGGUAUUUUCACACAUCAAUGCACACCUGGCCACCUUAUAAGAUGGCUGCUGUGUUGAGCCCAGUUUGUGCCUACAGUGUAGUUAUCAUCUAAUGGAAUCAAUAGUGAAUGACAAGUGUAAUCAAUUACAGGUGACUCCCGAUAACUUGAAUCUUCUAGGGAAGUCAAAAAAAGUUUGAGUUAUCGAGAGUUUGAAGCAAAUAUACCCAGAAGUAAGGAAAAAAAAAAUCCAAAUGGAUGGGGAGGUAUUGCAAUAUUAAUAAACAACAUAGUAUUCAGGGAUGGGCUGCCAGUGAAUUUGAACUGGAGUGUCUGGAAUGUCUCAGAUCUCAGUACACAGUUUUAUUUCCCUGACAUGCGUUUAUAACAUGGUUCGAGUUAUCGAGGGCAAAAUUAUAUAUUAUAGAAAUGAUCUUAAGGGAAGCAAAAAUUGUUUCAAGUUAGUGGGAGGUUCAAGUUUUCGAGGGUUUAAGUUACUGAAGGUAAAAUUGCAGUAAACUGUGUGAAGGAAAUCCAGGCAAAAUUGACAUUGGUUAGAGUUAGUGGGAGGUUUGAGUUACAAAGGGUUUUCAAGAGUUAUCAAGAGUCAACUGUAUAUCUCUCAAUAUUAACCCAUUCGCUCCUGGAGAUUUUGCCGAAAAACGCGUUUUGAAGCUAGUCGAGUGGUUUUCUGGUCACUGUCGUGCUAUAAAGAGCUAAAACUUACCACAAACCGGUUUACAGGUGGUACACUUUGCGGCCUUCUGAUCCAGAUGCAAAAUAUCAGCUUGCAAAGUUCGGGCAUGCGUAGAAAGCAAAAUUUCGAGAGUUUUUGGGUUUAAAAGUGACACGGCAGUCUUGACUUUUACUUUUCGCUUUCUCUCCUCCCUUCUUUUUUCGCUUUUCUUGCCUCAUUUUUUUUCUCUUGCUGGGCAUUUAGUAGGCUUCAUUUUGGUGGGAAGAGUUUUUAGGAAAGCUUUCAGGAUCUUAGGAUUAGGUGAAAGGAAAGGUAGGUGGGUAAUGGAACAAGAUUUUCAUGGAGAUUUUCAGGUCAAUGUCACGUGGUUUUUUGCUUCUUUCUCCGGUGUCCUUGACUGAAUUGUGCUCAUUCUGGUAUGGUUUGAAAGAUCUUUUCACGCUGCACAAGUUAGCGAAGAAAGUUGUCCUUGACCGUUAAACCUGAUGACGUCACAAAGGGUAGAAAGGACCUGGAUGCGCAUGGGCGGUUACGGGCGGUUCAGGGGCGAAUGGGUUAAUCAAUGUGAUUAUUGACCCGUCAAUAACUGUUUUGGAAAAUCAAUGACCAAUCAAAGAACAUUAUUAAAAUGUAAUUAUCUGUUGUUUGUUGUUUCCCAAUUUUAUUCUAAGCGCUGCAAGAAACAUGACAACCCAACAUUUCUCAAAGGUUAUCCAAAAAAUCAUUUCAAAUGCAUGUUCAUCGACUGUUAAAAUUACAAUUUGUGCCUUUGGAACAUUGGGAACAUGUGAACAUGUUUUGGCGCUAGAGUGAAUGCAGCUGUAGCGUGCAUGAUCUGGAUCAGGAUCAGUGAUCCAAGAUCACUUGGAUCAUGGUACUGACACUAUAAAAUAAACCAAUGAAUUCGUUUGAUUUGCCAUGAUCCAAGUGAUCUCAAUCACUGAACCUGAUCUGGAUUAUCCCAGUGGAACAUACCUGUAGAAAACAGUUCGAGUUUUAAUAGCGGGGGUUUUGAGUUAAUGCCCAGUCGAUUGCAAAAUUCAAUUUGCUAUAUAAUUUGAUUUAUAUAAAUUGAUAGUUACUGAUUUUUCAGCUCUUCAGUGUAUAGUGCAGUGCAAAUUGAACUUAUUUCAUCAAAAAAAUGUGUGUUUGGUGCACCAAUUAAAAUCAAAUUGAUGCAGUGUUGACUAGUGUUAGAUUUAGUGUUUUUACCGAUUAAACAAAAAGAAGAGCUAAUGGGAUGUCAUCAGAGUGGAGUUUUAGGAUCCAGACUUUGAGUUAUUGGGGUAAAUUAAGUGAAUUUUUGAUCAGGGGAAGUAAAAUAUAAAUCAAGUUAUUGGUGAAUUCGAUUUUCCGAGUUGAAGUUAACCAAGUAAAAAUGACUGAAAAGUGGGGCAAAAUCCAAGGGAAGUUUGAGUUAGCGAGGAGUUCGAGUUAUUCUUGUUUGAGGUAUCUGGGUUCUACUGUAGAUGGAUUUCUGAUCUUGAUUUUCUGGAUCGUUUCGAUUGACCACACUGUGGUAGAGGCAGGGCUAACGAUAGAGUAAAAGUCAAUAUUAACCAAAUUUUAACAAAUUAAAAAUAUUAUACUAUUUGAUUUGUAAAGAGAUGCUGAAUGACAGUUGCUUCCCCUCUAAGCUUUAGCCAAAUAUAUUUGUCUGUUAAUAAAAGUUACUGUAAAAUAAAUGUUGAUAUAUAUACCGGUAUUUUGCCUUUUCAUUGCUGCCUGGUAAAACCACAGACACAGACUUGCUUAGCUUGUGUACUUUAAAUACCCUGUUUUGUUCUCAAAUAGUGCUGGCUAUCUUGGACCACUUCUCAUUUAUGCCUAUUUCUUUGUUGGAACAAUUAUUAACAAGUUGAUAAUGACACCAAUUAUUUCCCUGGUUGUCAAGCAAGAAAAACUGGAAGGGGACUUCAGGUAUUCAGAAAAUAAUUAUGAUUUUAUUGCAAGUAAAAUAUAAAGAUAAAAAUGUAAAAUAAGUUGAUUAGUAUGUGUAAUCAAAUGGUGACCAGUGAAAUUAGGGAAUAAUUUUAUGCGUGUUUUGUCCAAAUCCUAAUAAUUUCCCGAGCCUUGAUUUGGACAAAACGCAAGUGAAAUUAUUCCUUAAUUUCACGAGUAUACCAUUAAUUUUGAUCACCUAUUAAUAUCAUGGGUGAUGAAUUACAUUAGCAAUCUUGGAUUUUUGACAUGUUUAUACUGGAUGGCAUCGAUCAAGAACUCCCUCUUGAGAACGUUUAGAGCUUAAAUUUGGCUUAAGUUCAGAAUUUUUCAACAAAAUACCUGUUAGAAUCCUUCUUGAUGCGCUCUUUCAUGCUCUUUUAAGGCGUCUUUUCAUGCCCUGGCAUCUUCGUUCAUGACAUUUUGAAACUUUGUCGCCAUCUUGACACUGAGAUGUAUGGAAAGUUGCCAUGGCAAUUUUGUAAUUUCACAUGUGAAAUUACAAAUUAUCACCAAAAUUUUGCACCAAAAUUAUGGAGUAAUUUGUCACCGAUGAUAUUAUAGAAGUAAUGUCCAUUACCUAGUUUUACUAGGGUGUGUCACCACCCUGAUUGCAUUAUCCAGUUUAGGGUUUGUCACUGCCACCCUCAUUACAUGCACUCUAUGGGGUGAGUUGCUACUACCCUCAUUGUACCCCAGGGUGCACCCAACAAUCUUUAGUCCCAUUUACUACCAGAGAUUGUGGCAUCAACCAGACCCAGAUCACACUGCAUCCCAUCAAACCCUUUAACUAUGAAGCAUUUGGGGUUACAGGCUGGAAGUAAUGUCUGAUCCAGUCUGAUUUAGUUUUUGUCAGUGGCUCUGCAGUAGCUUUUAUGCAUGUUACGCAAGAUUAUUUUGUGACCAGAGUUCUUUUUACUUCGGCGGAGCGCGAAGUAAAGGAUUCGCGACGCUCAGGAAUGUAUCAAAGUUGCCAUUUUUUGACAAGAUUGGGCAAGCAAAGUCUGUAGGUUUUCGGUUCUAUUCGGCUAUUUGACGAAGUGAGAGCCGAAUUAGUUCGAGAUAUCUCGAGAUCACUUCGAUUUCUUUGAUUUAUGCUUUAACUUUUUCGAGGAAGAAAGAAUUAUUAUUUUGGCUUUCCCAGGGUGUGAACCGAGUCACCUGUGUGACCUGUCAGGUCAGAGGCGACUCUAAGUUGAGGGAUUAGCCGAUUGCGCUACUGCGACCCAAGGUAGUUUGGGAUAUGAAAAGUAGUUAUCAAAUGAUGCACUAGUUUCGGGACAAGAUUGGGCGUGCAAGUUUGUGACUUUUCGGCUUGUUUCAACUAUUUCACGAAAUGAGACCGGACUACUUCGUGAUAUCUUGAGAUCACUUCGAGUUUAGUCUUUAAUUACUCGAGGAACAAGUAGAGGAUAUUUCGUUGCCACGCAGGCACACAAAAUGUCUCUUUGAGUGUUGAAAAACAGUUCACGAGUGAGCCCUCCUUUUGAACUGUUUUAUGAUGAAUUUAAAGUUACAAAAUGCUGCACAAAAACAUUUUGUCUUUGUUGAGUGUUACGUAGUAAAAUUGCUUUCAUGCGUUGUGUGACUUUCUCGAACGUCCUCUACAUUUUUAGAUUAGCCAUGAAUAAUUAAUUAGGGCAUGUUUACAUUUCAGCAUGAGUCAGCAGAUUUGCAUCAGCUACUGAAAUCAUAAAAUAUGUCGAAAAGCUUCUACUAUUCGCUGUUUAGUAUUUUCUAGAACCUUAUGUCAAACGGUAUUCAAGUUCCAAGCGAGUUCUUUUGACGAAGUAAGUUUUUUCCCACGAACUGGACUGCUGGGUUUAGUCAAGUGUGACGAAGGUUGAUUUUCAGGCUCUGUGUUUACAAGUUCGCGGAAGCCGUAAGAUAUCUGAAGUUCAAGUGAGAGUUUGUUGUUAUUGGUAGAGGCUGUUUAGUUUUACUCAAAGUUCAAGUCAAGUUUGUGUUGGUGGAUGCUGUGUUUUAAAGCUCUGUAAGGGCUAUGUUCCUUUGGUGUUAAACUUCCUUGUGUUAAUCCGACAUCCCUGCGUGCUGAUAGUCAGUGAAUAAUUAUCCUCAAAACAUUUGAACUCAUGACUUUGAGUUUUAGCCAAUUCCAUGCUCAACGUAAAUGACUCCUUACCCAUGCCUUACAUAUCUUUAAUCAGUACAUGAGACUGCCAUGCUGUUUAUGAAGCCUGAUGUGACUAAGAAAAAUAGAGAAUUGUUUUCUUAGAAGGAUUUGUAUGGAGUCAUCAGAGCAUAACUGGGCUAAUAUCUCGGAGACAAUUUUUCCCGAAAUGCUAGUUUUUGGCAAGUAGGCCUCUUGGAUGUUGCUCUUUUCAGAAUAUCCUGACAAAUCCCAUAAUUUUACAAAUUAACACCUUACUCUUACCAUAUUUGAUUUCUGACUAUUCCUCCGCAUUUACAAUUAAUUAGUUCCACAACCACGAUGCCAAAGUGUACACUCCGUAGCGUCUUGUUUUGUAAUGUUUGUCUCUGAAUAUUCUUUUGACUCUACUGCAUUGGUGACAUGUUCUCAAGGGCCAUUCAGAUACAAAAGUUUAGUUUAGUAUCUGAGGCAGUUAAGAAUUAUCUGGUGUAAAAAAGUAGGUGUGCAUAGAUCCAAGGAUGAACUUCACCCUGUUUUUUUUUUCUCUAAUUAGUAGCAUAUCCCAGGAGUAAACCUUAAUGAAUACUCCCAGGGAAAGGAUGUCUUUACCUUAGGUCCAGUGAUUGUUUUUAUGCAGGACUCUUGCACCUUGCUGAAUGUCCCAGACGUUUUUCUUGGUAUUACAUGUAUAGUGAGCCAAAGGCUUAUAUUAGAAUACAAGUCAUGUAAAAGAGAUUCGUGGCUUAAGGACUCUUAGAGUAAGGUAGCUUACAACAAGUUCUUUAAUUACAUGUAACUUCUUUUUUAACAGGUUUAAGCACAUGCAUAUCAGGUCAAAUGCAGAGUCAAUUGCAUUUUAUAGGUCUUAUUUAUUGGAGAAAAGAAAAACUAAUUCACGAUUAACGGUAUGUUUACAAAGUUAGUACGUACUUCCUGUUUGCUGCUACAUGUAACUUUAAACAUUAACUAUGUUUUGUACUAGUAUAUUAGUAUAUUGUAUUGUGGUCUCAAGUCCAGCAAGUUGCCUGGAAUUUCUGUUGCGAUCUUGCUGUUGGAAGUUAAAUAAUCUAUCACCAUCAUGGAAAUGGUCAGAGUGAUUUUGUGAACGUACAUUACAUGUAAAAAGCCGACUAAAUACAUGUGACUAUAGGAGAUUUUAAGGAAUUUCCUGGUCUGGGGCCUGUGUCUUGAAAGGCCUGGAAACUUUUCAGGCCGACGAAAAAUUUUAAAAUCCACUCCUGUUGAAUAGAAGCACAGUUCCUGGCACACAAACAGGUCAAAAUGUUUUGCUUGGUUUACUGAUAGUUUCUUGUAUGAAAUCUUUUCAAAAUUAUUGAAACUUUGAUCUUUGGUCUUUGAUCUUAAAUGCAAACACAACUGAGCAAGAUGAACUAAGAUGACAACAGUCGUAAAAUAAGUUUCUAUAUUUUGUAACAUUUUAUUUGUAAUAACCUCAAUACAUCUUCCUGUGUCAUUUAUACAGAUUUAUCUUCCUUUUCCUUUCCUCUCCUUAAAUACUUUAUGUUUUCCUCUGCCUGCCUUGAUUAGCCAAGCUAUUUGUGAGAAGUGGAUAUUCGCGUGUACAUGUUUGUUUUAAUUUAAUUUAAUUCAAUUUAAUUAAUAACUUAUAAAGAUCAAUCAAUUGCAACUUAACCUAAAACAGCUCUUUGGGCGUGAAAGUAAACGAGACUGUUUAAUUCCAAGAAACAGGCCCCUGGACCCUACAUAAUAAACCUCUUGCCACCUCUUGUUUUGGGCAACUCACAUUCUCCACUUUUUGUUAAACAUUCUUAUCUUCUUUCCUUUUUAGGAGCUUCUUCAAACACAGCAACGAAUUGUCAACUUUGAGAGUAUUCUUUUCUGUAAGUAUUUUUUUUUAACCCUUUCACUGCUUUCUAGAACAAGUUUUUUUGACAUGAUUUGCCACCCACCCCAAUGA